UUCAGGAAGUACACGCACCAGUUUCAUGUCUUCGUGUUAGAAAAGCUUUUAAAACCCUAAAACCUCCAAAUUGUUUGUUUACUAAGGAACACAAUUAAGUGGAAAAUGUCCGCGGGUCCAGAAACAACAAACAUAUCGUCGCUUGGGAAGGGAGACGGUUUGCAUCAACAGGUUCUCGCUUCCUUCCCACUGUGCGACAUGACAGAAGAAGAUCUGACCCUCAACCCUCAGUUCUGUAAACUUCUGGCCACUCUUGCACAACAUGUGGACAAAACCGGACUCACUGUUCAACUGAAAACUGAGCUGGACAAGGCUGAACAGAAGCUGCAGAGCCAGAGGAGUCACUGGCUGCGCUCUGAGAUUCUCCACAGAGGGUUGCAGGAGAUGAGCCAGGACCACUGCGUCAGGAAGCACCACACCAUUGUACCCCCUGACCAGAACAUGUUCUAUGAGACGAUGCAGAAGUCCAUGCUAGUGGCUCAGUGCGUCAGACAGCUGGAUCCCAGUAAUACGACAAACCAGGACCAGCCCUCUGUACUGGGCCUGACCUCCCAACACUUGAUGGAGCUCAUGCCAUUAGAGAAGAAUGUGCAAAGAAUGAGAAGGAGUCUACCCCACCAGCUGGAGAUGCAUCUCAAGGAAAAAUGUCUGAGCCUCCUCUCUUACUAUCAACCUGAAUGGGAGAAUGAGAGUGAGGGUCUGAAGACCAUCAAGUUGUCUCAUCUGUCCGCCCAGCUGGACAAAGAGAAGAAAAGAGCAGAAAGUCUCAAGGAGACCUGUCGGGAAAACACAGUUCUUUUGCAAAGACAGACCCAGCUCUACCUUUCUGAACUGACAAAAUGCAUUCAGCUUCUCCAGUCUCUCAUCUUGGAUCACAGGCUGAAGAUCCAGACAGACUUGGACGGGAAGAAAUUAGAUUACUUUGAAGGCAAAUGUGAAUUAGUGCUACAGAAGAUAAAGACUGAGAUGGUGGAAAUUCAGUUGGACACAUACAAAGUCGACUCAAUAUCUGCUCACAGAAAAAUAAGGGAGAAGCUGGAGUCGGAGCUGAAGGCCUGCAAAGCAGAGAAGCAGGCUGUAGAGUUAAAACUGUCCUCCUUUGAGAUCUUGGGCAAAGAAUUUGAAUCCCUGGCUGAGGAGUAUUGCAGAUUACGGCAGGAAAUAGAAAUGAAAAACUGGGCUCUGAAGGAAUUCACCAAGUACAAUGACAAGUAAAGAUGAUAUCAGAGACUGAGAUCACAGCUGGCAUUUUUCCUUUUCGUUGUUCUUUUUUCCAGAAUGGCAUGCCGGCAUUUGAGUUUAGUACACAAAACACUUCAGUAAUUCUGUGGUGAGUUGAAUAACUCCCAUUAGAGCGCCUGAGUUAAGAAUGUUGUUUAAUUAACUGGGAUUUCCCUAAAAUAGCUAAACCUCUUAAGCCCAUUUUAAUCAGCGUUUCUGUUUUCUUUGUCUACUCAAACCCAAUUACAGUUAAAAGCUUGUUUAGUAUUGUUAGUCUUUAAUAAGAUGCAUCUUUACAUUCCUCUAAUGUUGCCAUAAGGAAGCAAGAAUUGCUCUAUUUAUACUAACACAGCCCUAAAAUGUUCUUCCUGUUUGACAAUGAAUCAUCUGUCCGACUUGAUGCAACUUUAAUUAAAAUAAAAGUGUUUAAAUGAA